AUGACGGCAAAUAAUAUAACCUAUCAGAAUGUGGGGGAGACGGAGAAGAGUGAGGGAUCUGAUCCAGCACCACUUUGCUACCCAGAGUGUGCUGGGGAGCAGGAAGAGGAAUCUAACCCAUCUCCAACGUCAGUUGUGGACCACAGCCGAGGUGACUUCAGGCGUCGGGACCACAGCCGAGGGCUUGGGAAAUUCAUCCUCGAGGCCUCUCCGGUUGCAACGAAUCCCUCACUGCAACGAAUCCCUCACUGCAACGAAUCCCUCACUGCAACGAAUCCCUCACUGCAACGAAUCCCUCACUGCAACGAGUCCCUCAUUGCAACGAAUUCAGAAAUCCACUUGACGUUCCUGUGUCUUCAACGACGAUUUAGCUGUUUCCAACUGAUCUUCCAUCUCGGGAAAGAUCUCCUUCAAACCCCAGAGAAGGACGUGGUCAUGGGUAGAGGAGUCAAGAAUGCCGUCGUCAGCCCAAAAUCAACGAUAUGAGACACAAGCUCAACCAGGAAAUGUAGAUGUUUAUCUCUCAGAAUGUUUGCCUUCAGGGAGAGGAUAAUAGCCUUUGACCACACUGCAUGUAUCA